AUGAGUAGAGACGAGAAGCUUUUUGAGGAAAUUGGAAACAAGAUCAAGGACCUGAAGUUUCGAGUCAACGAAGAUGUUGUUCAGACGAUUUAUGAGAUGGUUGUGAAGGAAAAGGGUGCAACCGAUGAUCUGGGUGGAUUUGUGAAGAGGCUAGAGGAAGACGGGACGCUGAUGAAUCUGCAACUGAACUCGAAAGGAAGAGACAAAGAAAGCCUUGGAGGAAAAUGGAGGGCAUUGAGGAGAAGUGGAGUUUACUCGGAAAGAAUUACACCCGAGACGUUUCAGCUGAGCUACUACCCGAAGGAUGAAGAAACAAUGAAGUUUCUUAGUUCGAUUCUUGUUAGUGACAUUCCAUUUGGAUUUCUGAAUCCCGAGCAAAAGAUAAGACUAAUUGAGUCGAUGGAGCCGGUGGAGAUUCCAUGUGGGACAUUUGUAAUCCGUGAAGAGGACGUUGGAUCGCAGAUGUACAUUGUGGACCACGGGGAGUUUGAGGUUUCGAAGAGAGGACAGUUUCUUAGGAAGCUGUCAAGAGGGAACUUCUUUGGAGAGAUAGCUCUUCUGCACAACAUCCCCAGGACGGCCUCUGUCAAGGCAGUUAGUGAUGGAAAGGUAUGGGUUGUGGAGCAGACGUCGUUUUCUGGAAUAAGGAUGAUGGACCGGAUUUCCAACAAGAGAAUCAUCAUGGAAGGUCUGAAGGAACACAAGGUUUUCCCGUCAUUUGGAGACGAGGACUAUGAGCAUAUUCUGAACUCAUUAAGUUUUGAGUACUACAAGAAGGGAAGCAGAGUUGAGGUGAAGGAUAGCGAGUUUUUGAUGAGUUUAUUUGAGGGGGAGAUUGACGAUGGAGAGCGAAGGAAGAUCCAGGCAAAGGAGAUGAUUGGAAAGAGCUUUAUGGCGAUAAGUGAGAUCCAGGGAGCACAUAUAUGUAGGGAGUAUGAGAGACCUAGGUGUUAUGAUUCUGGGGGGUCUGGAAGAUAA